UCUCAGCUAUCAAUUUCAAAUGAAAUUAACUGCAUCUUGAGUUUCUAACUCUAUUAUAUUUGAUGGUGAUUAUAUGUUAAUACGGUAUCCAUAACUUGGUGCGUGCAUGGAUACAUAUGCAGAUGACAGAGAAGAGAAGGAUCCAAUGCGAAUCCCAACAAAACGGAACAUCGUACAGGCGAUGAAGUGGUUGGUGGAAGGUUCCCAGGCAGGGGAUUCACUGGUCUUCUAUUUCUCUGGCCACGGAGCCAGGGAAGUGGACCGUAGCGGCGAUGAGAUCGACGGCUAUGAUGAAGCCAUAUGUCCCCUCGAUUACGAGAGAGAGGGAAACAUAAUCGACGACCAGAUCAACGCCACAAUUGUUAGGCCUUUGCCUCAUGGUGCCAAACUCCAUGCCAUCGUUGAUGCAAGCUUUAGCGGCACUGUUCUUGAUCUCCCAUUUAUUUGCACAACCAACCGAAAAGGAAAUUAUGUAUGGACGAAUAAGAAAAGGCGCAGAGGUGGUUACAGAGGCACAAAGGGAGGACUAGCAGUUUGCAUCUCAGCUUGUAGUGACGACGGAAAAGCUGCCGAAACGUCGGCGUUUAGCGGCAUGGAAAGCAGCGGUGUCUUCACCUACAGUUUCAUCAGAGCCAUGCAAGAGGAGCCUCCUCACUUGACUUAUGCUGCCUUGCUCAACGCCAUGCGCUCCACAAUCCGUGAAGCUAGUAAGGGGCAAUUUGGUCUUAUUGGCCGACACAAUAGCAUCGACACUCCCCUGCAAUAUGCUCAUGAGCCACAAUUGUCGUCAUCUGACAAAUUUGACGUUUAUUAUAAGCCGGUUUUAAUGUAGCAGUAAUAUAAGACUCAUAAAAGGGUCGGUAGAUAGCAUACAACCACACUGUUGUUUCAUUGUGGCAGCAACACAUGUAGACAAACCACUUUUUUUUUUAACAAUAAACUCUCUUCAUAUACAUGCUUAUCCCUCUCUGAUUUAUGUACUUAC